AUGGCCAAGGACUUCACUCAAGGAUCCUUGCGACAGCCUUGUUGGGACUUUGGCGGCGACACCUUCCUCAGGAGCCUUCCCUACAGACGGGGUGGCGUGGGUGCGGUGAACACGGAGCAGCUCAUUCAAAAGGCUGCAGAGAACUGCCUGAAUCAAAAGGACAAGCGCGAGGGAACUGCCAAAGAGAGGUAUGUGAAUGACUUUCCAAGCCACUGCAGCUUCGAAUGGACGAAUGGCACGGCCGUGCCGCAGAAGGCUCCGGAAACGCCUUUCUGCAAAUUCAUGGACUCCAUCGAGGUGAAGGUGCCGUUCUGCGGCAAUUUGACCUUCGUCGGUACAGACUUCGACCCAGCUUUGGCUGAGGCGCUGUCUAGGGUUGACCGCAGCCAGGUGGAAGUCGUCUUCAAAGGCUUUCACCAAAAGUACGACUCCUUCAGUGCCAUGGAGCACCGCGAAACGCAGGAAGGUGCCAUGAGCGUCGAUGUCGAAGAGAUGAGGAUUGUUGUCACAGGCUUGGUCUACGACUUCUGCGUGAAGGAGACUGCCAUCUUCACGAGGGAGAACAGUCCUUCCACGGAGGUGUGGGUCUUGGCAGAUCUGACACGACCCAGCUUCGAUGGGAAGCCGGGAGCACCCUACACCACUGGUCUCUGCGAUGGUGAGGAAGCGGACAACGGCUAUUGCGCUGAAGGUGGUGGCACCAAGAAGUGGUACAACAGGGUUUUGCAGGACUUCUUGGACAAUGGCGUGAAGGUGAAGCGCCUGGUCGAGCCGGAUCUUGAGCGCUACACCAGAGCCUGA